AUGUUUUUCAUUUUAUUCCUGUAUUUUCUAAUAAAUGUCGGAGCAUUUCCUCCACCCAAGAUCACCACCGAUGUUCAUCAGAUCCAAGAGCACGCUAGUAUUGGUAAAUUCAUCGAGUUGACUGCAUCCGAAAACCUCGUUUUGAAAUGUGCUGGACGAUUUGAUGAUUUGAUGUUCGUCUUUCCAAAUCUCGAAGAUCACGUUGGUUUCGAUAAAGAUGAUUACAACAAUCGAAUUACUGAAGAAUUUGAUGAUGAUUAUGGAGACAAAAAAUUGGAGAUCUCAAAUGUCAAAGAAUCCGAUACGGGUUACUAUUAUUGCAAAUCGGAAGAACAACAUUCUCUCAACGAUAGUAUUUACGUUUUUGUUCAUGGUUCCUCAAUUUUCGUGCCGUUGAAGCCUGCAGGCUUUAUGUAUAACUAUGGCGACGUAAAAGUUCCAUGCAAAGCUACCAAGUUUUUCGAUAAAUCCUAUAUCGAGCUCUAUGGCAAUGGAGAAAUGAUUAAGGAUGCUCGCAAAAACUACAACCACGUCUCGGGAUUCACUCUCACCAAGAAGAUGUAUGAAGCUCGCCCAAUUACUCAAGUUCCUUUUGAGUGCAAGUAUACUGGAAAUCCAACAACAACUACUAGUUAUUUGAUCACUGAACGUGAUAGCAAGGAUAAUUCGGAGAAGGAAUACUCAUUAUUCUGGGAAGAGUCAACUGAAUGGCCGUACGUUGGCGUUAAUUAUACAUUGACGUGUCACCUAAUGUACAAUGGUACCGGGCCUUUCCACCAUUUUAUGAAUAGUCUUCAUGUGUCAUGUCCAGCGUGCUCGGAUGAUGAAAAGAACAGAGUGACUUCGCAUAGGGGUCGGCUGAAAGGGAAUAGCAUAAAUGCAUUUGUUAAAAUUGACUCAUUACUUGCGGAUGAUUCUGGUGAAUACACGUGCGUAUGGAAAAAAGAAGAUCGUACUGAAGAUGUCGUCAUUACAAAAACAAUAGAGGUUGCGCCAAAAAAAGGCCAAAUUAGAGUUCUUGAAAAGAGUCCGGAUGUGGUAAGGGUUAAAGAAGGUGAACCAAUUGAACUCAGCGCUCGAGUCGCUGUAUAUCCGCCUGAAAAUGACGAAUACAAAGCUAAAUGGAUUAGAAAAUAUACUACACCGAUCAAGGAAGGAAACCAAAGCGAACCAAUUAUAAACGAUGCAAACCGUUCAAUCUUGAACGAGGAAAAGAAUUUCCAGUUUUUCGAAAGUCUUUCUUUUAAGGAUUCCAACACAUUUGCCAAUUCCAGUGGAACCUAUAUUCUUUCCAUUGUUCAUAGUGGCACAGUCCAAAACCUGGAAUGGCAAGUUGCAGUUGAUAGUAAGGAUGUCAAAGCCAAAAUUUCAAUUCGUGAACCGUCUUCAUUUGUCGUUUUUGAUCAGCCGUUUUAUCCGCCAAAUACCGAAUUGCAUAUUGAUUGCAUUUCGGAAUCAAUUCCACCGGCAACUGUGAAAUUUGUCAAGAGAAAAAUUCGCGAGAGAUCUUCUUUUGAUCCAAUUGACGAAUCUGAACUCCAAGCUGUUAGUGGAACUUUUGAAAAUGGAUACAUUUGGAAAACGACCAUUAAGGAUGAUAUUGAGGUGCAAUGUCAAGCUUUUCGUGGUUCUAAGAAGAAAAUUGUUACAAAGAGAAUCCAAAUCGCCGAAAAAGAGCCAACUGUUACUAGGAAAAUUGUAAAAAAUGAGGCUGCUACUCAAGCUGAAGAUCCAAAAGAAAUCUACGAAGGCGACGAAAUUGCAUUAGACUGUAUGGUACCUUACGAUGAGAAUUGGUCGGUCAUGUGGUAUUUCAAGGAUAAACCAAUUGAAACCGAUGAGUUUGUCGAAGCAUAUUCAAAACACGCAUUAGCUAAAUUAAGCAAUGUAUCACCGUCGCAAAGCGGCGAAUAUACCUGCGUUGUGUCUGCUGGUGAAAAUGAGAAACGUUUAACUCAAAAUAUCCAAAUCGAGGCUGUUUCUAUUCCAUAUCAUACACAGUCAGAUCCUGAGAAACCCGUCUCAAUCAAAUAUGGUGAAUCUACUGAACUUCAAUGCAAUUUGAUAGGAAGACCGAUGCCUGACUAUAAGUGGCUAAAAGAUGGAGAGCCCUAUACAGAAGGCGAAGUGAUAAACUCCAACUUGAAAAUUACACGAGUUCGAGCUGAAGAUGCUGGAGAAUUUGUGUGCCGAGCUACGAAUCGUGCAGGGUCAACGGAUCAUAAGAUAAAAGUUACUGUCGCCGGAACACCUGACUCCUAUUGGGAGCUGUACAGUACCAUUCUGAUUAUUUUUUUGCUUCUAAGUUUCUGCUGUACAAUAUUGUUGGUAGUCUAUUUUUGCAAAGAGAGAAGAAAGACAGCGCGUCAAUCACAAGCUUUGAAUGAGUUCACCGAAAUGUUCAUGAAAGCCACUACCGAGCCGCAGACAGAAGCUCUUAUAAAAAUGCCACUUGAUCGACGAGUUUACCAAUUGCCAUAUCGAACAGAAUUUGAGUUGGCGAAGGAAAAUCUUGAAAUUGGUAACAAGCUUGGGCAAGGAAACUUUGGUGUUGUUUACAUGGGAUGGCUUUCGAAAGCGAGAGUUAACAGUGAAAUCGAUGAGAGAAUCCGUCUUCCUGUUGCUAUCAAAGCACCACUGCGAGGUUAUAACGUGAAUCACCAAAGAAUGUUGGCUGAAGAAUUGAAAAUAAUGUGCGCCAUCGGCAAACACCCGAACGUUAUUGCGCUUGUUGGAGCGGUCACGAAAAACAUGAGAAACGGCGAAUUGUACGUUGUUGUGGAAAUGUGCGAGAAUGGAAACUUGCGCGAGUUUUUAACAAAAUUCCGCAACAAUUUCACCAACGAGCUUCGAUCUGUGACUAUAGAAAAUCAAGAUGAUUAUCUGAAACCCAAAAGCGCUGAACGUUCCAGAUACGCGGCUGAAAACGACGAAAAUUGGGAAAAAGAGCGUCUUCUAAUUGACAACACUGCGAAAUUAUGCACUUCUGAUCUGAUUUCGUUUGCCAUGCAAAUUGCUAAUGGAAUGGAAUACCUGUCCCAAGUUCCGUGUGUUCAUCGCGAUUUGGCUGCUCGCAACAUUUUGUUGACUAGAAAUCGAGUUUGCAGAGUUGCAGAUUUCGGAAUGGCCAAACGACAUGAAGAUAAAAAUUAUUAUAGAGUAUCAAAAAAUAAAGAAGUUGAAUUGCCUCUACGAUGGAUGUCGAUUGAAGCAAUUGAAGAGCGAAAGUAUACGCAAGAGUCGGAUAUUUGGGCAUUUGGAAUAGUUCUUUUUGAAAUUUUCACACUUGGUGGAAAUCCGUAUCCAGCAGUCUCCAAUUGUGAUUUAUUGGACUAUUUGAAAACUGGAAAACGGAACUCGAGGCCACAAUAUGCUCAUGAAGAAAUUUAUGAAUUAAUGACCAAGUGCUGGGAAUUGAAACCAGAAAAUCGUCCAAAUUUUUCGCAGUGCGUCCAUUUUCUCAAAAAUCACCUCAAAGCGGCGUCGCCAUCGUUGCUUGAACAUAUCGACAACGAAAUUCGCAAAGAUGCUGAAAAACAGAAGCAACUCGAGCAGUGGCUUCAACCAGAGCAGGACUCAAGCCCAAGUUCUCUCACCCAAGUCUGCAAACCCGGUACCCCGCAAGAAACCGAAAGGAUCUACAUUUCUGACAUCACCAAACAGGCCAAAUAG